AUGAAGGGCAACAUAAAAGGACCUGAAGGUGGCAAGGGACCUGGUGGAAAUUCUCAACCUAAAGGACCUAAUGGCGAUAAAGGGCUAAGCGGCGAGAAAGGAAUGAAGGGCAACAAAGGACCUGUUGGUGAUAAAGGACCUAAAGGUGGCAAGGGACCUGGUGGAAAUUCUCAACCUAAAGGACCUAAUGGCGAUAAAGGGCUAAGCGGCGAGAAAGGAAUGAAGGGCAACAAAGGACCUGUUGGUGAUAAAGGACCUGAAGGUGGCAAGGGACCUGGUGGAAAUUCUCAACCUAAAGGACCUAAUGGCGAUAAAGGGCUAAGCGGCGAGAAAGGAAUGAAGGGCAACAAAGGAUCUGUUGGUGAAAAAGGACCUGAAGGUGGCAAGGGACCUGGUGGAAAUUCUCAACCUAAAGGACCUAAUGGCGAUAAAGGGCAAAGCGGCGAGAAAGGAAUGAAGGGCAACAAAGGACCUGUUGGUGAUAAAGGACCUGAAGGUGGCAAGGGGCCUGGUGGAAAUUCUCAACCUAAAGGACCUAAUGGCGAUAAAGGGCAAAGCGGUGAGAAAGGAAUGAAGGGCAACAAAGGACCUGUUGGUGAUAAAGGACCUAAAGGUGGCAAGGGACCUGGUGGAAAUUCUCAACCUAAAGGACCUAAUGGCGAUAAAGGGCUAAGCGGCGAGAAAGGAAUGAAGGGCAACAAAGGACCUGGUGAAAAAGGUGGCAAGGGACCUGGUGGAAAUUCUCAACCUAAAGGACCUAAUGGCGAUAAAGGGCUAAGCGGCAAGAAAGGAAUGAAGGGCAACAAAGGACCUGUUGGUGAUAAAGGACCUGAAGGUGGCAAGGGACCUGGUGGAAAUUCUCAACCUAAAGGACCUAAUGGCGAUAAAGGGCUAAGCGGCGAGAAAGGAAUGAAGGGCAGCAAAGGACCUGUUGGUGAUAAAGGACCUGUUGGUGAUAAAGGAUCUGAAGGUAUUAAGGGACCUGAUGGGACUGCUGAUAAUGUGCCUGGAAAUACCCCUGAUAAAGCACCAGGCACAGCAAGUGGUUGUCCAGUAGUAGUUUAUCGCCCAGGGAGAAUAUAUCGAAGAUAUAGGACUCGUUACGCUAUUCCAGUAUAUCAGCGCCUCGGGAGCCAAAUAUAUUAUGGAAGAGACGAUGACAGCUACAAUGGCUAUAACGAUGAUACCUAUAGAAACUACUUAGGACAGAAACUCUGCCCUUGUGGAAACAACCACUAG